AUGCAGCUGCUUCAUGCUCCGGUCUCUCAUAUUCUGCCAUUGAAAUCCUCUGCAGCCCAACCUAAAGGUCUCACGUAUGUGGCUGGAAAAUGUCUUAUUGAGUCUCUUGUUUCACUUUCAUCUCGAAAAAGUGUAUGGACUUCAUAUGGAGUUCUUACAUGUUGCUCAAUUUCCCCGAAAGCCUCUUCGUCCCAAGCUGCUAAUUUGGAAGUAGCUAGUCAAACAGCUGAGAGCGAAGUCUUGAAAGCCUUGUCCCAGAUAAUUGAUCCUGAUUUUGGCACUGACAUUGUCUCAUGUGGAUUUGUGAAAGAUCUGAAUGUCAGCAAGGAUUUGGGAGAGGUUUCGUUCCGGUUGGAGCUCACUACACCUGCAUGCCCAGUUAAAGACAUGUUUGAGCAGAAGGCUCAUGAAGUAGUUGCAGCAAUUCCCUGGGUUGAAAAGGUUAAGGUAACCAUGUCCGCCCAACCAGCAAGACCUGUAUUCUCUGGGCAACUUCCACCUGGUCUACAGGCAAUAUCAAAUGUCGUGGCUGUUUCAAGUUGCAAGGGAGGCGUGGGGAAAUCCACUGUAGCUGUAAACCUUGCAUUUACUUUGGCUGGUAUGGGUGCAAGAGUUGGUAUCUUUGAUGCUGACGUGUAUGGGCCUAGUUUGCCUACAAUGGUAUCCCCAGAAAAUCGGUUGCUUGAAAUGAACCCAGAGACGAGAACCAUAAUCCCAACUGAAUAUAUGGGAGUUAAAAUCGUAUCUUUUGGGUUUGCUGGACAAGGCCGAGCUAUAAUGCGUGGACCAAUGGUUUCUGGUGUCAUCAAUCAACUGCUGACAACUGCUGAAUGGUAUUACAUUUUUUCUGCAUGCAUUGCCAACUAUGCCAUUGGUUUAUUGAAGAUAUUUAUUUUUUCAUGGGGGUCUUUUUGUUGGGCUUGCAAUUUUCUCUAG